AAAUCUUCGUUUUUAUAAACGCUUCAUUUUUUCCCCCUCUGGUCUGAAGACGAUCGAAAAAGGAAAAGUCUCGCUCUCUGCGAUGUCUAGGGUUUUUCAGGGAUGCAGGGUUCUGAUGGCGGCCGCCAAAUCAGGUACCAAGUCGACCGCCGCCUCCUCGACGGAGAAGCCAAAGAACAUCGGGCUGAUGAAGCCCUUGCCGGUGUCGCCGGCGCUGAAGAAGUUCGUCGGAGCUGCUGAAGUUUCCCGCGCUGAGGCUGUCAAGAAAAUCUGGGAGCACAUCAAGUCCAACAACCUCCAGAAUCCAGCAAACAAGAGGGAAAUUCGCUGUGAUGAGAAGCUGAAGUCUAUCUUUGAGGGGAAAGACACAGUAGGGAUGAUGGAAAUUGCACGCUUGCUUAAACCUCAUUUCCUUUGAAUCUAACUGACCAUAAAAAACAGGAGGGUGGUGUAUCUGGGGGGCUGGUUGGUGUUUUUGUUGAUCAGUGUUAAGUUGUUGCAGUUCAAUGUUUUACCUUUGGGAAGCAAUCUUAAAGUGCAGGACCAGUUGAUGCCUCUGCAUCCUAUUCUGUAUGAAAACCUUUUUUAGCCUGUGGUUUGUGCUGAUCAUGCUGAUGCUUCAGCAUUUGGCUAAUGCUAUUGUUUCCCUUGAUUUUU